CUGUUCCGAUAACAUGUUUGUGUAUCCGUUGACAAUCUGCUUGGAAGCUUGUUUCGAGUUGUGUAUAAAAUGUGUGACAAAAGCAAUGAAAGUGUUAUCUGGACAAUUAAAAAUGGAGAAUUCGAUGCUGUGCAAACGACUUUUUUGAAUAAUCUUCAUAAGGUAAAUGAGGAAUUAGAAGGACGAUGCCCUAUACAUUAUGCAGCUGACUUCGGUCAGCUCAAAGUGUUGCAAUAUCUCAUUAAUAUAGGAGCCGAUGUUAAUAAGCGAGAUAAACAUGGGAUUACACCGUUAUUAGCAGCAGUUUGGGAAGGACAUACUAGUUGUGUAAAAUUGCUUCUGGAAAAGGGUGCAAACAAACACGGCUAUACUCCUGACGGACAGAGUUAUAUAAGUGCAGCAGAAAACGAUGAAAUAAAAACAUUACUUUCUUGAAAUUUGUAAAAAGUGUGCAACA